AUGCGGGACCGAUCCAUGGCCGGGGGCGGUGCCCGUGGCUCGCGCGCAGGCGGCGCGAAGCGCGGCGCCGCGUCGUCCUCGGCGUCGUCGGCCGCCGCCGCGUCCGCCUGCGUCUACUACGCCACCACGGCGCUGCUCGUCGCGCUGUGCGUCGCGGGGGCCUACUUCCUCACGUCCACCUCCUCCGCCGCCGCGGCCGCCGACGGGGACGCCGCCACGGUCACCGCGUACCGCCACACCACGCGCUCCUCGUUCGCGUACGAGGUCACCAGGGAGCGGGCCGCACCGGCGCCGCCGCGCGGGGUGGAGGCCCGAGACACGCCCGCCGCGGCGAAGGCCGUUGGGGCCGAGGAGGAGCCGCGGCCCGACGACCGGAGCGCCGUCGCUGCGGUGGCAGCGCUGGACGACCCGCACGCCAGGCCUGACGAGGAACGUGUGUUGGACGAGGCGGCGGGUGUGGAGGAGGAGCACAGGGUCUCCGCGGCGGGCGUGGAGGAUGUGAAGGGCAAGGACGGUGGCCACGUGGCCGCCGGAGACGACGAGGCCGCCAGCGCUCGCGGCGGGGAGGAGGAGGAGGAGAAGGAGCGAGAAGCAGCCGUGCUGGAAGAGAGCAGCCGCGAGCAACGAGAACAGGAGCAGGAGCCGCAGCUGGAGAUGCCACACGAGCGGGCCCGGGCCGCCGCCGCUGCCGUCGAGGAGAAGAACCUGGACGGCGGCAUCGAGGAGGAGAGCAACGCGGGGCAGAGGCAGCGAGAGGAGGAGCAGAGCGCGCUCGAGGAGCAGCAGGCCGCUGCCGGGAACCAGCUGCGCCGGGAAGCGCAGGAGGACCCGCAGGCCGACGGCGGCGACGAAGGGACGGAGGAGGAACAACGCGGCAGGGAGCAGCCGCAGGGCGAAGAGGAGACGCUCUCGUCGUCGGUAUCGGGGUCCAGAGGAGAUGCCGACGGCGUCGAUGGCGACAAGCCGGCCGUGUCGGAGUCGGAGCACCCCAGGGGCGUGGACGGAAAUGCCAGUCAGGACGAUGGCCUCAGCGUCGAGGACUCGCUCGUCGCCGAAGACCGCGCCGAGGAGCAGAAGGCGUGGGCGACGCAGGCCGACGAGUCACACCGGGAGACGGACCGCCGCGAGGAGGGCGGCGAGAACGACGGCAACGGCACGGAGAACGGCGGCGGCGAGGAGCACGAGUGGCGGGUGUGCAACGUGAAGGCCGGCGCCGACUACAUCCCGUGCCUGGACAACGAGAAGGCCAUCAAGAAGCUGCGGCCGGAGAACUUCCGGCGGUACGAGCACCGGGAGCGGCACUGCCCCGACGAGGGCCCGACUUGCCUCGUCGCGCUCCCCAGCGGCUACCGCCGCCCCAUCGAGUGGCCCAAGAGCCGAGACAGGGUAUGGUACAGCAAUGUCCCGCACACGAAGCUGGUGGAGGUGAAGGGCCACCAGAACUGGGUGAAGGUGAGCGGGCAGUACCUGACCUUCCCCGGCGGUGGCACGCAGUUCAUCCAUGGCGCGCUGCACUACAUCGACUUCCUGCAGCAGUCCGUCCGCGCCAUCGCGUGGGGGAAGCACACGCGGGUGGUGCUCGACGUCGGCUGCGGCGUGGCCAGCUUCGGCGGCUACCUGUUCGAGCGCGACGUGGUGACCAUGUCGUUCGCGCCCAAGGACGAGCACGAGGCGCAGGUGCAGAUGGCGCUCGAGCGCGGGAUCCCGGCCAUCUCCGCCGUCAUGGGCUCCAAGCGCCUGCCUUUCCCCAGCAAGUCGUUCGACCUCGUCCACUGCGCGCGCUGCCGCGUCCCCUGGCACGCCGACGGUGGCGCUCUCCUCCUCGAGCUGAACCGCGUCCUGCGCCCCGGCGGUUUCUUCGUCUGGUCCGCCACGCCGGUGUACCAGAAGCUGACGGAGGACGUCGAGAUCUGGAAAGCAAUGACGUCCCUGACGAAAUCCCUGUGCUGGGAGCUGACGUCGAUCAAGAAGGACCGGCUCAACGGCGUCGGGGUGGCCUUCUACCGGAAGCCGACGACGAACGAGUGCUACGAGGCCAGGAAGCGGCGGCAGCCGCCGAUGUGCGCCGACGACGACGACGCGAACGCGGCGUGGUACAUCCGGCUCAACUCGUGCGUGCACCGCGUGCCGACGGGCCCGCGGGAGCGCGGCGCGCGGUGGCCCGCCGAGUGGCCGCGGCGGGUGCGGACGCCGCCGUACUGGCUCAACGGCUCGCAGGCAGGGUUGUACGGGAAACCGGCGCCGGAGGACUUCACGGUGGACCACGACCACUGGCUGCGCGUCGUCGAUGGGUCCUACCUCAACGGCCUGGGCAUCGACUGGUCCAGGGUCAGGAACGUCAUGGACAUGAGAGCUGCAUACGGAGGCUUCGCGGCUGCGCUCCGGGAGAAGAAGAUCUGGGUGAUGAACGUGGUGAACGUCGACGCGCCCGACACGCUGCCGGUCAUCUUCGAGCGCGGGCUGCUGGGCAUCUACCAUGACUGGUGCGAGUCCUUCAGCACCUACCCGAGAACCUAUGACCUCCUGCACGCCGAUCACCUCUUCUCCAAGAUCAAAGAGAGAUGCGCGGUUCUGCCGGUGGUGGUGGAGGUGGACAGGAUCGUCAGGCCGGGGGGCAGCAUCAUCGUGCGCGACGAGGCCAGCGUCGUCGGCGAGGUGGAGAAACUCCUGAGGUCGCUCCACUGGGACGUGCGGCUGACCUUCUCCAAGAACGACGAAGGGGUGAUGUACGCCGAGAAGUCAGAUUGGCGGCCGGAGAUGCUCGAAGAACCGUUGUUGUAA